AUGGCGUACUACAACUCGAAUCCCGACGCUCUGCCCGCCCAUGCGGAGCCUGAACAGGCAGCACAAAUGAUGGCAGACUUCCAAGAACGUCCAGCCGGACGCCCGCAGCAGCAGGGGCAGCAAGCGCACAAUUAUCAGCAGGGAGGUUACGGGCAGCAGCAACACCCCCAGCAGCAGCAACAGCAGCACCCCCAGCAGCAACAUCCCCAGCAAGGAUACGGGCAGCAGCAACAUCCGCAGCAACAGCAGCAGCAGUACGGCGGCGGCGGCGGCGGCGUACCUGGUCGCGGUCCCAGCCCGGGAUACAGCCAAGCUCCCCCGCACAAUCAGUUCGCCAGCCCGCCGCCGCCUAACGCGUUUGCCAGUCCGCCUCCACCGCAGGGAUAUGGACAGCGACCGCCGCCGGUUUCCCGGCCGCCGCCUACUCCGGCGCCGCCCGGCGGUCCCGACCCCGCUCUGUUUCCGCUGUUCAAGGCGGUCGAUAAGGACGGAAGUGGACAGCUGAGCGAAAAGGAGCUGCGCGCUGCCCUGGUGAACGGUGAUUGGACCUCGUUCGAUCCGCAUACGGUUCGCAUGAUGAUCAGGAUGUUCGACACCGAUCGCUCGGGCACCAUCGGAUUCAAUGAGUUCUGUGGACUGUGGGGCUUUCUUGCCGCGUGGCGCCAGCUCUUUGACCGCUUCGACACGGAUAAGAGUGGUAACAUCUCGUACCAAGAGUUUGCGAACGCUCUUGCGGCUUUUGGAUAUCGGCUGUCCCCGCAAUUCGUGCAGCUGCUUUUCAGGUCAUACGACCGAAGAGGACAGAACGCCAUCUCGUUUGAUCUGUUUGUGCAGAGCUGCAUCUCGCUGAAACGCAUGACGGAGGUCUUCAAGAAGUACGACGAUGAUAGGGAUGGCUUCAUCACCCUCAGCUUUGAGGAGUUCUUAACAGAAAUCUUACGGCAGCGUUGAUUGAUGAUGAUGGUAAUUGGUGUGUUGUGCUGUCCCCCCGCUGAAAUCGUGUGUGUGUCCUUUUCGGGUCGGUUUUUGGCGAAAUCUAGUCAUGAGAAUCACGGUAGACUAUGCUCUGGAAGGGAACAAUGCGGCUUUCACGGCGUAAGGUAAAGUAUGGUUGGAAAGAGGGAAGAGACACCUGGUAGAGGGAGGGAUCGGGGUUUGGAAUGGGGUCUUUGCUGUACUGUGCUGUCUGGUCUGUCUGUGCUGUCUAUCUGUUCAUUUGGUUGAAAUUACAUCCUUUUUUCUCCUUUUUUUUCCUUUUUUUUUCGUGUGAGGCGGCGGUGGGUGAGGUGGGUGAGGUGGGUGAGGUGGGGAUAGGGUUGAUACAAGUUGUUGUUAGAG